AUGUCUCAAGAUCGAGAGAGAGUUGGGAAGGCGUACAAUGCAAUGAAGAGCUUAGGAAUCUCAGCAGGAACUGUACGGCCGGUACUUAGGAGACUAUUUAAAUUGUACAACAAAAAAUGGGAACUCAUAGAAGAAGACAAUUACCGUACCCUUGCUGAUGCCAUAUUUGAAUACGAAGAAGAUAAGCUAAAGGCUGAAACAAAAACAAAAACCGAAAAUUUGAAUGAAGAUAACAGAAGUCCUUCUAUCAAAGGAGAUCCAGGGGAUGAGGUCUCCUCUACGAGUAGAAAUGGCAAAAGAAAAUUAGAACCAGACGGGUCUGGUGCAGUAAAGAUGGUAGAGUCUUCUCAAUCGGUCUCAAUUGAUGCUACAAGUAAACCUGUUCUCAAUGUGAGUGAAGCACCCAGUGAAAGCAAAUGCAUGGAUCUUGUUCUGUUAAAUUCAUGUCCCAAUGAGGAAAACUCACGUGGUCCACGAGCAUCAAGUGCAACAGCAGAAAAGAAGGACAAAGAUUGCUCUCCACAAUUUGUGGUUCCUGCUUUGCGUACUCAUCCAGACUCAAACAUCACUUCACAGCACUCAGAUGCCAGGAAGAAACAAAUCGGUUCCAAUUUGGCAUUCAAUCUUCACACCGGAUCACAAACCUCGUACGACAUAGCUUCUUCGGCUUGCGGACAAGUCAAAAUCUCCCUAACAUGCAAACACAACAUAUGGCAAAACAACUUCCAUUUUCCAAGUCCAGAUGAUAUCCUUAACUUUGCCCAGCAAUUUUGCAAUGCCGAAGGCUCCCGCUUCUCGCUCAUAAACCUUUUGACUGAAUUCUGUGAGAGCUAUCUUGAAGCAGGAUCUGUUUCCUCUACAAAAAGACCCCGCUUUAACAGAUCCCCUGGAAAUCACACCCGCAGUCCCUUGACAUCCCCUUUGGAUUGUAUUAAAAAAGAGCAUCCAGAAGGUCACCAGGGGAAAAGGGCUUCGAGCAGCAAUAAAAGGGCCGUUCUGGAAAUAACUGACAUAACAAACGGCACAGAGAAAAUCAAGAUUUCGCUAUUGGACGAGACGGGUUGUGGCGAUUUGCCGCGAUAUGUGUACAGUCCAGAGAGUAUCACGUACGAGUCUGCGUAUGUGCACAUUUCUUUGGCUCGUAUUCCAGAUGAUGACUGUUGUAUGGGGUGUAAUGGGGAUUGCCUUUCGUGCUCUAUACCGUGCCCAUGUGCACGUGAUACGGGAGGAGAGUUUGCUUAUACUCGGCAAGGCUUGCUGAGCGAGAAGUUUUUGAGUUCGUGUGUUGCUAUAAAGUGUUCAGAGGGAAAGCAGCCUCUUUUCUACUGUCAGGAUUGCCCGCUGGAGAGAGCAAAAAAUGGGAGUACACAAGAAGAAUGCAAGGGGCAUCGGUAUAGAAAGUUCAUUAAAGAAUGCUGGAGAAAAUGUGGAUGCAGCAUGGAGUGUGGGAAUCGGGUUGUCCAGCGAGGCAUAACGAAGAAAUUACAGGUGUUCAUGACAGAGGGUAAAGGCUGGGGUCUGAGGACACUUGAAGAGCUUCCAAAAGGAGCUUUUGUUUGUGAAUAUAUAGGGGAGAUUCUGACCAACAUGGAAUUGUAUGAAAGGAAUACAAAAAGUAGUGGUGAAAAUAGACACGUAUAUCCUGUUCUGCUCGAUGCCGAUUGGGCAACUGAAGGAGCCUUGAAAGAUGAAGAAGCACUCUGUUUGGAUGCAACGCAUUUUGGCAAUGUAGCUCGAUUUAUCAAUCAUCGGUGUUUUGAUGGGAACCUGAUUGAAGUUCCUGUGCAGGUGGAGACUCCAGAUAGGCAUUAUUAUCAUCUAGCAUUUUUCACUAAAAGGAAAGUGCUUGCUCUAGAAGAGCUUAAUUGGGACUAUGAGAUCGAUUUUGAGGAUGAGAGUCAUCCGGUUAAGGCAUUCAAGUGUCUGUGCGGGAGUCAAUACUGUCGGGACAGAAGACGAUGA